AUGACUUUGUUCAAUGGGAUUUCUCCUUUCUACGUCCAAGAACAAACGGCGUUCAUCUUCGCCAUCACCUUGCUUGUGGUUAUCCUAGUCUUUUUGGUCCUUGCGGUGACCUUCCUUAUUAUUCUCCCCGGCAUCAGGGGCAGAGGGAGAAUCUAUUCGUUCUACAGAGCUAUUCUAAGCCUAUUCAUUGGUGUGAUAAUUGUGGUGGUCAACUUCACCAGCGACUGGGAAGAGGGGUAUGUUACAGUGAACACAACCUACAAGGCUUUCAGCAGUGAGAUAAUAAGGGCAAGAGUGGGUCUUCAAAUUGGACUGACAGGAAUCAAUGUGACUCUGAAAGGUCUUCCUGUGAACCAGCUGAAUGAAACCAUUGACUACAAUGAAAACUUCCAAUGGAAAUUUGAGUUGGAUUACGACAAGGAAAGUUACAGAGGGCUUGAGCGAGGGCUUCCAAAUCCAAUUUUGUAUAUUUCUGAAAAGUUUACAUCAAGGGCUCCCUGUAUUGUUAAUAUGCAGUACAGGUUCUCUGGGCAUUAUGCAACAGCUAUGAUGUGGGUAGCGUUUUGUUCCUGGGUCAUCUCCAAUAUUCUCUUUUCCAUGUCAACAAUUGUGUAUGGAGGGUACAUGACCCUGGUUACGUCUGCAUUCAUGAUGUUUGGAGUCAUUGCAUUUGCCACCACCCGCAAUGUUCCUCCAUGCCUCAUUCAUUUUGGCCCAGCAACUUUAAAGACCAGUCUGAGUGUUUCUUUCUGGUUGACAUUGGCAACUGCUUUGCUGUGCUUCAUUCUCGGAGUACUUGUGAUAGUUAUGCAUCACUUCAUCCCAGAGAAAGUGAGGGCAUUCUUCAUGCUGAAUGGAGAAGAUGAUGAUAUGGAUGAAGUGAGCAGUGGCAUCAUUAAUCAAUACUUCGUCGAUAAUUAUGCAGACUCUAUCUGUUUAAAGGAAACAAAGUUCAGUACUGAAGACAAGAACUUGAGUGUUUAAUCCUAAUGAUGAGCAUCCAUGGAACUGAGAGGCUUGGCACGCAGCCCCAAGCUCGUUCAGCAAUGUUAGCAGAUUCAUUUUGCAGAACUCAAGAAUGUCAUGUUGUUUUUGAUUUAUCAAACACAAAAGGGCCAUUUCUGGGAUUUUAUUUGUGAACUUAUAGCCAAGUAUUGUUAGCAAGGACUAUGCCGUCCAAAGUGAGCUCAAGUUUGAAAUCCUUGGGGAAGGCUUUAUAACCAGUGACUUGAAAUGCAAGCAACUUUUCUGCAACAUCAUGUGCUUGAGUGGCUGAAAGUACGAAACUGGAAAACCUUGAAUGUGCCAAAAGGAAGGAAUCAUUUACGUUACAAUUCAUUCAUUGAGAUGCAACUAAACUUGCCAAUAUGUUCAUCGUAUUACCCCCAGUCGGGCAAUAUGCCAAGGACCAUGAUGAACAGUACAUACAGGGCAAGUGCACUUCAAUUGUUGUUUUACAGUGAACGAUCAGCUCGAUGGUGAGAAUGUGGCAGCCGA